AGAAUCAUUUAAGUUAUAAUGAAUUGAUACAAUUAAUUGUUAUAAUAGACAGCGAAUCGCUAUAUUUCAUUUAGUGCAAAGUUUCGAACCCAUCUUGAUAUAGAAAAGGUCCAUUAUCGAGAAAUGUAUCGUGGCACUGGCACAUCGGGUGGUCAAUAUUCAGACAUGGAUUAUGGACAUAAUUCAGAUGGUCACACAAGAGUACACUACACCCAAAAUCCAACAUUUAUCAAUAAAAUAGGUAGCAGUAUUUGGGCUGCUGUAUUUGGAAUCUGUAUUGUUCUUGCAGCAUUUCCGACAAUUUACUGGAAUGAGGGUCGUGCUGUAAAAAUGGCAGCAGCUCUUGACGAAGGUUUGAAGUAUAUAAUUGACAUCAAAAAUCCCAGACAGAUCAGUAGAUCAGAGGAUGGAAUGUUGGUUCAUGUAACUGGAGUGCUACAGACUGAUGAGGUUGUCUCUGACCCUGGGUACAUGGUUGCAGUCAAGGCUGUUAAACUGAAGAGACAGGUGGAAAUGUAUCAAUGGGUUGAACAUAAGAGUGAAAGAAAAUUUGAUGAGGGUGGAAAGACAAGAGUGGAAACCAAGUUUACUUACAGUAAAGAAUGGCGAUCAGGCUUAAUAAACAGUGCUCAAUUCGAAAGGAGCGGUGCGCAUCAAAAUCCAAGCACAAUGGUAAUAACAUCGAAAUACUACGAAGUUGAUCAUGUUUAUAUCGGAGCGUACGAACUUUCUGAAGGUCUCAAAAACAAAGUUAGCAACUUCAAGCCCCUUUCAUUGACCGAUAUUCCAGCUGCGCAUGAUUCGAGUCUUCUGCCACCGGAAUUGCAUGAUGGGAUACUAUACCACACGCGUAAUCUUGCUAAACCCCAGAUCGGUGAUGUUCGUGUGAGCUUCAGUUAUGCUGGUUAUUGUGGCAAACGCGAAACUCCUUUAGGUGAACCGCUGACGGUUAGCAUCGUCGCCAAGCAGUCUGGAAACAUGUUGGGUGAAUACGAAACGGAUUCUGGCUAUUCCUUGGAAUUCCUAUACUACGGGAAAUUGUCCGCCAAGGCGAUAUUUGAAGCAGAGCACGCUUCUAACGUGAUGCUCACGUGGGCACUCCGUGGCGUUGGUUGGCUUAUGUUUUUCAUAGGUUUCUUGAUGAUGACGAGUAUUUUAACAACAUUAGUUUCUUGGAUUCCCAUCGUUCGUGAUCUUGUUGGACUCGGGGUGACCUUGGCUUGUAUUGCUUUGGCAACGUCUUUCUCAUUGGUCACCAUCGCUAUCGGUUGGUUACGAUUCCGACCUCUGAUUGGUUGUGCUUUACUUGCGGCGUCCAUGAUACCUUUUGCAUUGUCUAAACUUAAAACCAGCUCGGAAAUAAAAACAUCGAAAUAUUGAAAGUAUCAUUUAUUGAACACUUUAGCAACGAUGUGUAUAAAUUCAAAUCUCGAUUCUUCUUGCAGAAUUUUUAAAUAUUUCAUUUUUGUA